AUGAAGUCCCUCGCGACAUACGCCAUCACGGCCCUUGCCGUGGGAGUUGUCGAGGCUGCUCUCGACAUCAUCCCUGGAGCCACAUGGACUGCCACAAAUACCGGAGAGCAUGUCCAGGCGCACGGACAUGGAUUGAUUGAGGUCGAAGGGACAUACUACAUGAUUGGCGAGGACAAGACAGACGGGACCUACUUCCAAAAUGUCAACUGCUACUCGUCUAAGGAUCUGGUCGAGUGGUCGUACGAAGGCGCUCUGCUCUCUCGGACCACGGAGGCCGGCGACCUCGGACCCCAGCGCAUCGUCGAGCGGCCUAAGGUCAUCUUCAACGAUGCUACCAAUAAGUACGUGCUGUACUUGCACAUUGACAGCCCCGACUACAAGGAUGCGCGUGUUGGUGUCGCGACUGGCGACACCGUCUGCGGAAAGUACGAGUACAUCGACAGCUUCAGACCUCUUGGCUUCCAGAGCCGUGACAUGGGGCUGUUCAAGGAUGAUGAUGGAAAGGGAUACCUGCUCACUGAGGACCGUGAGUUCGGCACUCGCAUCAUUGCCCUGACAGAAGACUACCUCAACGUGACUGAAGUCACGUUUGAGUGGGCCUAUUUUGCGGAAUCGCCUGCUAUGCUCAAGAAGAACGGACACUAUUUCAUCUUUGGUUCCCAUCUGACCGGCUGGAACCCGAAUGACAACGUGUACAGCUUUGCAACUUCACUUUCUGGUCCCUGGUCGGAAUGGACCGAGUUUGCCCCUGUGGGAUCCAAGACGUACCGCAGCCAGGUCAGCUACAUCCAGCCUCUUGGUAAUGGCGAUGCCAUUUACAUCGGAGACCGUUGGGUUUCAUCAAACCUCGCCGCCAGCACCUAUAUCUGGCUUCCUCUCAAAAUCUCCGGCACUGAUGUCAAGCUGGACUGGUACGACAGCUGGUCGCCCGACGUCUCUACCGGGACCUGGUCGGUUCGCGCUGGCAAGACGGACCUCGAAGGCGAGGAUGCAGAACUGGCCAACGGCGCGAGAGUCGUGUCCUGCUCCGAAUGCACCGGUGGUGAGGCCGCGGGGUAUAUCGGCGGCGACACGGGCGGCAAGGUCACGUUCCAGAACGUGCAGAGCGCCUCUGCCGGCGAGAAGACGCUUACGAUCAAGUACAAGAACGGCGACGUCGCGCCCCGGCAUGCUGAGGUUUCGGUCAAUGGAGUUUCUCAGGCCAUUGCCUUUAUCUCGACGAGGCACCACUCGACCGAGACGGGCAGCAGCGCCGUCAACGUCGAGCUCAAGGAGGGCGCCAACGUUGUUGUCGUUUCUGCUGGCGAGUGGGGACCCGACGUCGACCAGCUGAUUGUGCCGAAUUGA